GUAUGGCUGUCGAUAGAGCGUAAGAUAGAGGUGUUUUCUCGUAAAUAAGUUGUGUAAAUCAAUUAAUCCAAUGUAUUCUGAAUGGUUUACUUUUAACUUUUAUUAUUAAGCAUGGAAUCGUAAGAUUAAUCAUAUUGUGAUAAUUGGAACAGUCCUUGUAAUUGAGUGCUCAACACUCCCGGUCCUUGGGUCCUCUUGGGAGGCGGCCACCAACUGGCGCGGUUGAUCACGUGGUCUCAAGAUGGCGCAAGUCGGGGCCAACAUGGAGUACCAGGAGUACAAGUGGGCCUACUCAAUUAUGGACUCUUCCAAGGUUUCAGCGUGUCUGAUCUCCAUGCUGCUGAUAGUGUACGGCAGCUUCCGCUCACUCAACAUGGAGCGCGAGGCUCGCGAGCGGGCGGAGAGAGAGCGGGAGGCGACGCUGCUGGGCGGGAACGGAAAACCGGUCACGGCAUCCUGCACUAACAGCAACGUUCAAACCCUAAACACGAUGCAGGCGUUGUGUUUCCCCCUGGGUUCGUCGGUGGCGCUACUGGUCAUGUUUUUCUUCUUCGACUCCAUGCAGACCCUCGUCGCGAUAUGUACUGCCAUAAUAGCGUGCGCGGCGCUGGCGUUCCUGCUGACGCCGCUGUGCCAGUACGUGGCGGGCAGCGCGGGCGUGGGGCGCGGCGCCGUGUGCGGCCGCUACAGCGCGCCCGAGCUGGCCGCCGCGCUGCUGGCCGCCGGCAUCGUCGCCGUGUGGGUGCUCACCGGCCACUGGCUGCUCAUGGACGCCAUGGGCAUGGGGCUAUGCGUGACAUUCAUCGCGUUGAUCCGACUGCCUUCUCUGAAAGUGUCCACGUUGUUGCUCACCGGUCUGCUGCUCUACGACGUGUUCUGGGUGUUCUUCUCGUCCUACAUCUUCACCACCAACGUGAUGGUCAAGGUUGCCACAAGGCCGGCCGAGAACCCGAUGAACGUGGUGGCGCGCCGGCUGCAGCUCGGCGGCGCCAUGCGGGACGCGCCCAAGCUCUCGUUGCCCGCCAAGCUGGUGUUCCCUUCUAUGCAUCAGCAGGGACACUUUUCUAUGCUGGGUCUAGGCGACAUAGUGAUGCCAGGUCUGCUGCUUUGCUUUGUGCUGCGCUACGACGCCUACAAGAAGGCCACGCUGGUCUGCCAAAUGGGACAAGUUCCCGGCCCUCGCUCUAUGGGGUCCCGGCUCACGUACUUCCACUGCUCGCUGCUGGGCUACUUCCUGGGGCUGCUCACGGCCACGGUGUCGGCCGAGGUGUUCAAGGCGGCGCAGCCGGCGCUGCUGUACCUGGUGCCCUUCACCUUGCUGCCGCUGCUCACUAUGGCUUACGUCAAGGGUGAUCUCAGAAGAAUGUGGAGUGAACCGUUCAUGACGCCUCCACCAGGGAAAGGCGGCGCCGACUUCGAUGUGUGACUUUCUACUCUCAACACACACAUACUCUCCGCCUAAGGACCUUCGCCCUCACGCGUCUACUAGAAAACUGUCAGCAAAUGUGUAACUCGAUGUAAUUAUAUGCCGGUUUGAAGAUCGUCAAAAUGGUGGCAAAUUAGGGUAGCUGGGCACAUUUUGUCAAAUGAAAUCUGAAACAAAUUCUACGAAAUUGGCACAGACGAGAUGACAAACCUAUGAGGUAUGGAAUGGUUGAAAAUGAAUAUUUUAUUAUACUACAUAUUUUAAUAAUGCUUCUGCUGCCCUAUUCUGUCCAGAAAGCAAAUUAUGAUUAAAAUCAGUAAUUGACUUGAAACAAUUUUGUACUUUCCGAUCGCUCAUUUUGAUUUUCUCAGAUCCUUGUAAAUAUAAAUACUAAAGUUCUUUAUUUCACUGAGGAAUUAUCUAUUUUAAAGUAAUGCAAAUUUAAUUCAGGAUUUCUGUUUAUGCGAUCUGUACAAGUGCAGGCUUCUGUGAAUUGAUCGCUGUAAUUGGAUGUGAAGUGUAUGUUAGGUUAGAAAUAUGCUUUGGUUUUCUAAUAUUUUAUUUGAAAGUUACACAGGGUAACUUUGAAACCUCUAAAUAUAGCAUCUUAUGCUAAGUAAGGACCAGUGACUCGCACAUAUUAUUAUUUUUACAGGAAUGAUAUUAACUUAAUACUCAGAUGUGGUUAUGUAACCCGCGCCAUUUUACUUUUACGAAUUGAAAAUUACUAUCAUUGUGUGUACGAAGGCUUUCGUCUUAAAUAUGUCAGUGUUAUGAUAAUGUAAACUGCACGCAAACAAAUCGUUAAAUAAUUAUAAAUGCAAGAGAACUUUUUGUAGAGUAUGGUUUCGAUCCAGUGUCCAUGAUAUUUUGGCGCAACUUUAAAAAAAUUAAUGGAAAUUAGACUGGAACUACUGAAAGUGUAUGGUGCCAAAUAAAGUACAUGUAUUGUGGUUCCAACAAUAGUCUUGUUUAUCAGUUCAUCCUGCAAUCAGCCCUUUUGGCUUUAUAAGCAGAUUGAUGGUAUUAUUAUAUAUUUUGUCUCAGACACUGGAGUUGCUUCGUUUGUGAGAGGUGCUAAUGUUUACAUUACUCCUAGUGUCGAUGUUGUUCUCAGGGUGGAAUGGAGGGUUCAGUGCGAACAAAUCAGCAAUCACGAGUAGAACAUAGGAUAAGAACUUUCUGUGAGUCUCAUUUUUAAAAUUUAAGAUAUGAUUCGUACAAAAAUUGUACUUUACCACGAUACUAUAAACUACUUUCGAGUAAACUUGAACCCAUGACAUCAUUUAGUUUAUCAUAAUUUGUUGUCACUGCCUUAGACUGAUGUUUUCAAUGAAGAUUUUUUCUAUAUGUUAAAGUAUUAUAAACAAAUGUUAGUUCUAAAUAGAGUAAGCUACUAACUAUCGUUGUUAUUAUUAUAACAACUGUAUUGUUGUUGUAAAUUAUUUGAUUGAAUUUAAUGAAACAUGUUAAGACACUAUGUUGUAAGAGAUAGAUAUACUUUGUAUGUGUGAUUUGAUUUUUAUAACUUUUUAUAACAUUUUUGAUUUACUUUAUGAAUCAUUACUUUAAUUACGUAGUUUAAUUGGUAAGUUUACGCGUGAAGUUAUGAAUGCAAUUAACCUAUGAACAGUAUUUGUAUUAAUAUUGAAAAAGUGAUAUAAUUUUAUUGACGCUGGAAGAAAAUUGUUUGAACUAUACUUUUUGUAGGUCCUGUUCACACUAAAUGAAAUUGUUUUGGAGUUAUUGGUGGUUAAUAUAAAUCAUGAUAUGGACAAAUACUAUAAAAUUAAUUUUGGUGUAUUUUUUAGAUAUAUAUUUAUAUAUAUAAUAUUAUAUUCAGUCCUAUGCAGGUAUUUUCAUUGAUGUAUAUAAUGACAUAAGAAAAUUAGUUUGUAAAAUGCAAAACAUUGGUCUGUUAUACCAUAUUACAAACAAAUUAUUCAAGAUGUGUUGAAAAGUCUUCAAUUUAUAAAAGAAUAGUAUUUUCAAAAUACACAAUCAUAAAGACAAAAAUGGGGUAAAACAUCACAAAGGAUAUGGUAUAAGCUUCAUAUGUUUGUGUUAAAACUAAUUGGUGUCACAUGAUCUGAAUCACCCAUUUCAAAAAUGUAAAUAUUACUCAUUUCAUUACCUAUCCACAAAGGAAAAAGGCAUUUAAUAUUUUUAUAUGUAUCUGCGAGUGUAAAUUGCUAUCAAAUACUGAAUAAAAAUAUUAGAUGAAAUUA